AUGAAAGUUAGGGGUUUAAAAAUGCAAAAAAAGAAACAAGAGGCGGGAGGCCAGGUGGAUAGUAUAAAAAGGAAGUCGCUCGACGCCAAAUCUCUACCACUUAAAAUAAGCUGGCCAAGCCAUCCUGUUUUGUUGGUGCCUUUCUCUCUCACACACUCACACACCAAAACACAUCGUUGUGUUUCCAAAAACCUCUAAAAUAGAGAAAAAGAGAAAAAGGGGAAGAAAAAAAAAAAGAAAAAGAAAAAAUUGAAAGACUAAAGGAGGUUCUAGAAAAGCGGAAAAUCUGAGAGAUUGAGAGAAAAUACAAUCCAUCUACGUAAGAAAACGAUCGCAAACUCUAGCAAAGAGCUACAAAUCUCAUUAUCGACGGGUUUGCGGAUCACAUAAUGGAGCUCCAGGUACAGAGGAUUUGUUUAAAUUAUUCAAUUUUUUUUUUCUCACUGCAGGUGUUAGCAGAGAACAUUCUGCAAUCUGCAAUAUAUUGUAUUCUUUGAUUCGUUAUACUCGUUCUGGUUCCUGGAAUCUCCUCUAUAGUUUGGAAAAUGUUUUCAAUUGAUUCCUUCUUUUUUGACAUUUUCUGGUGUUCAAUUUCGUCCAAUGUUGGUUUUUUUGACUUUGAGUUUGUUGAUCUGGAUUGUUCUUAUCAUUUUCUUUGUAAUGGAGCGCGGGUAGGGGUUGAAACGGAGGGAAAAGUUUUGGUGGUUGGUUUGGAAGUGAAAUGCAGCGUUGUUAGUUGGGAAAAAAAAAGGAAACCUUUUUUCCAUAUUGCUCAGAUCUGUUCUCUGGUUCGUUGCAUGAAAGAGAUGUUUUGCAAGGUGUUUUCUGGUUUUCUGAUUAUUCAGUGAUGUUUAAUGCUGAUGCGACCUCAAUGCAAUAUUUGUUUGAUUUUGUGGAAACGCGUUUCUGAUUCCAUGCUAUUUUUUGUUUAAAAUUUUUUUGGGGGUCGCAUUCAGCGAGUUUUCAUUUUCAACAUUAAUCAUGGAUUUUGCUAUUUGUCAAGAAAAUCGAGGAAUACUGUUAGAUGAAGAUCCUGGCUCAACCACGGUGAAUUUCUUUUCAGUUGGCAUAAAUUAAGUCGGGCGAGCAUAUUUCCCUCCUCCCUAUCUCCCUUCUCUUAGCUCUCAAAUUUAAUUUCGGAAAAACAAAUCCGGUUUGUGCUGAGAAUCUGGUUUUGUUUUUUCAUUGAUUUGUCUGUUUUUCUUUUCCCUGUUGGACAAAUCACUCGAUAGGAUUUAUGACUUUUUUUUUUUGUAUAAUUAUUUUUGUUCCUUAAAUCUUGCAGCUUAGUGAUUUUAGUUUUGGUAUGACUUAAUGGCCAUCUUUUCUCUCAUUUAUGGUUUUUCUUGGCCUUGCAGUGCGGACAAGUCAACUUCUAGUGAUUGCUGAAAUAAUUCUUGCCACAUCCUUGGCAAUUCUAAGGGACAGACUUCAUAAAGUUAUUCCAUUUUUAAUUUAAGAGUACCAGGGCUGGGUGGACUUUAGAAAUACAAUAAUGGUUGCUACUGCUGCUACUUCUGCUAUCUUCCCGGUGGCUUCCCCGCCGCCGGAUUCUGGAGCAAAAUCUUCUGGAAAGCUUGGAGGAAGUAUUCCGAAUAGUGUGGAUGUCCGUGGUAUUAAAUCAAAAUCCACGACUUCUGGAAAUUUACAAGUUAAGGCUAAUGCUCAAGCACCUUCUAAGGUUAAUGGAACCAAGGUUGCAGUCUUGGAUGGCCGCAAAACUGAUGAUGAUGUGAUCUCAUCACCUCCACCAAGAACUUUUAUUAAUACGUUACCAGAUUGGAGCAUGCUUCUUGCUGCUAUCACAACUAUUUUCUUAGCUGCUGAGAAGCAAUGGAUGAUGAUGGAUUGGAAGCCAAAGAGGGCUGACAUGCUUUAUGACCCUUUUGGUUUUGGGAGGAUUGUGCAGGAUGGUCUUGUUUUUCGCCAAAACUUCAGCAUCAGAUCAUAUGAGAUAGGUGCUGAUCGUACUGCGUCUAUAGAAACGUUAAUGAAUCAUCUUCAGGAAACUGCUCUGAAUCAUGUAAAAUCAGCAGGACUACUGGGUGAUGGCUUUGGUUCUACACCAGAGAUGUGCAAAAGAAAUCUAAUUUGGGUGGUAUCCAAAAUGCAAGUUGUGGUUGACCGUUAUCCUACUUGGGGUGAUGUUGUUCAAGUGGAUACAUGGGUAGCUGCAUCUGGGAAAAAUGGAAUGCGGCGAGAUUGGCUCAUCCGUGAUAGUAAUACAGGGGAUAUAUUGACUAGAGCUUCUAGUUUAUGGGUGAUGAUGAAUAAAGAAACUAGGAGAUUGGCCAAAAUUCCAGAUGAGGUUCGGGCAGAAAUAGGAGACUAUUUUGUGGAUUCUCCUCCUAUUGUUGAUGAAGAUGGCAGAAAAUUGCCAAAACUUGACGACAAAACUGCAGACUACAUCCGUACCGGUUUAACUGUAAGAUCCUGUCUUCUGUGCAAAACCUUUUGUUGUCAGACUGUUAGUUGCAUUUCUUGAAAGACUGCUUAUGCGGUUAAGCAAUUUUUCCGCAGCCAAGGUGGAGUGAUUUAGAUGUGAACCAGCACGUGAAUAAUGUGAAGUAUAUCGGCUGGAUUCUGGAGGUAAAGAGUGUUCAUUGUUGCUUUAGUAAACAAAAGUUAACUUUUAUCUAAAAUUAAAUUGGUUGGCUCUACAUCCCUCGCCUGUAAAAUUUGGUGUUUUUAUUUGAAAGAAUAGAAGAACCAAACUCAAAUUGUGGUUUAAAAACAUUGAAACUUACUUGCAUUAUUGGAAAUUGUUUUAAUUGGUGGUCAUUAAAUCAUGCAAACUAUACUUUCUGACCUAAGAGGCAUAAGUAACUAGUUGUUUGAAGAGAGGGUAAGGAUCAAUGAGACUGUUAGUUAGGAAAGUCAAUUUUCCUUUAGUGGUGUUUAAUUUCAGCCGAAUUGCUUGUGGUGGCCAAGUGAUUUUAAGUUCUCAUUUAUGUGACUAUUUCUGUUGUUGAGUUAGCUGGCUGGAAUGAUUAACCUACAUUAGUGUGCAUUGAAUAAAUAACAUUUAUUUCUGUGUAGUUCCAUUGUUGUAUUUGUUAUUAUAAACUUAUCUUAUAGUUAUGAGUACAUGUGACUUCUAUUUCUGUUGAGCUGUUAAAUCAUAACCGCUAAAACAUUCUCUGGUAUCUGGUUAGGUAGAAUCUUCCACAAGUGCUUGGACCUUGUGACCUAAUCUUGGACCUUUUGUCUUUUGCAGAGUGCUCCCCUGCCUAUCCUGGAGACUCAUGAGUUAGCCUCAAUGACUUUGGAAUACAGGAGGGAAUGCAGGAGGGACAGUGUGGUGCAGUCCCUUACUUCUGUAUUCCAAAAUGGUGUGGGUGAUAUGGCUGUUCCUGGUAACGUCGAGUGUCAGCAUUUGCUGCGACUCGAGGGUGGCGCCGAGAUAGUCAAGGGAAGGACUGAAUGGAGACCUAAAUGUCCCAACAGGAUUGGAAGCUUUGGUGGGCUUCCAGCAGAAAGUGCUUAGUUCUGCCAUUUUGCUUUUGCAGAAUAUGACGGGAUAUUGGCCUUGUUGGUCCUCUGUAGAAUACUUCUGCUCUUUGAUCUUGGUUGUCCUUUCCCGGCUCUCUUCGGGAAGGUUAUAAAUAUAUAUAUUCCUUCAUUUCUUCCAUUUUGAUUUUUCUUUUUCUUCUUCUUCUUCUUUUCUUUUUUUUUUUUUUUUUUUUUGGAGAGAAAUAGGCAAAGCAUUGUAAUUAUAGCCCUCCAUGUCUUCUUUCUUUCUAUCUUUUUUUUUUUUUCUUUUUUCUUUUCCUUUCAUCUUUCUCUGCCUUCAUUGGAAAGUUCCAGCUGGAUAGCCCCAUUCAAUGAAUGUGACAACUAAUGCACAAUUUUUAUUUAUGCAAUUAUUUAUUAAUUUUUAUAUAGUGAAAUGGUUCCAAUGGACAUGUGGUCCAUCUCAUUUUUGUACGCCAACAAAUUCAUGUGCUUAAGUAUUCGUUUCUGUAUUUAUCGGUGGAAAAUAGCUAAAUUUCUGGCAUUGGUAAUUUGAUAUUCAUAAUUCAUAUUGUGAUUUUGAAACAAAUGUAUAAUGGAAGUAUAUUCUGUUCAUCAAGGAGAAUGAAUGAUUUUAUAUCCCUAUGUAGUUUUCGCCAUUUAUUUCUGCCAAGGUCCAUUGAAUUUAUAACAGAUAUUGCUGUUUAGAUUUUGGUGGCAUGAAAUGAAACUCCAG